AUGUUCGAAACUGGCAUCACCCCGCCUUUUGAGCAUACCGUAGGUGACCCCCUCCGCAUGGCCCGCCGCGUCUACGGCCGCCUGCAGUUUUCAUGGCCGUCGCAGGCGGACGCAACCGCCUUCCGCAGGCUGUUCCCCCUCUCGCUCAAACUCCCCAACUCCCGCCCCGUUCUGCUGAAGGAGUUCGUGGACAGAUUCGAGGAGUUUACUGCACCUAAGGCUGCAGGCACUCCCACCCUCUCUAUCCGUAACGUCCCUAUGGAGUACGCGCCAGAGGAUAUCCGUACCUUCCUCCUGGACUCCAUUGAGCCGGACGGUGCGCACUGGCUCGCCGAUUUGACCAACUUCCACCGCGCCUCUGACCCUUAUGAGGGUACCUACUUCACUCACCUCGCUGGGCUCCCAGUCGCCACCCCCGACGACCCGCAUUUCAAUCUUAUUCCAUUCGAAAUCCUGUUGGAGUUUGCUCCCCAUUUCUCCUUGUACGUUCCCCCUUUGCCCUCCAACCUGCCUCCCCCCCCCCCCGCGACUCACCUUUUUCCUGCCCAUCAACUAACCUGCUCCCCCCCCUCCCCCGCGCUCACCUUCCAAUAUCCCUAUGUCCUUCUACGCCCCCCUCCCCCAUUGUCUUUCCUCUCUUGCUCCCCACGGUUGCCCACGCCCUGGCCACUCCCCUAA